GGUGACAAUCUAUGUUCCCCCGUUAUUUCUCUUCCACACAUUGGCAUGCAUGAAUCAGUGCCAAGAAAAAUAUGUUUUGCAUUUUUAAAGAUGAUGUUGUUCGUUGAAAAUGUGAUAGAGUAGAGUUUCUUGGUUUUUGGGCUAGCUUUACAUCUAGUUUCAAGUUUCAAAAAAAAAAGUUAGCUUUACAUCUAUAUAUACUGUGAUAUGGGGCUCUGAUUAAAGGCAAAGAAGCACCAAAAGAUUGAGAGUGCAACAAGAGAAAAAGAAUGGAAGUAGCACAAGUACUACACAUGAAUGGAGGUUCUGGAAAAGCAAGCUAUGCAAACAACUCCAUACUUCAGUUGAAAUCAUCUCCUUUGACUCAAUAGUUGUUUCGCGCUUUAUGUCAUUGGUGAUACAGCAAAAUGUAAUUUCCUUGACAAAACCCAUCAUAGAGGAAGGCAUAACCAGUCUCUUCUACAACAUGCUCCCAACAAGCUUGGCAAUUGCAGACUUAGGUUGCUCUUCUGGACCAAAUACUUUUUUUGCAGUGUCAGAAAUUAUCAAGGCUGUGGAGAAGCUCUGUCAAGAGUUGAACCAUAAAUCUCCUGAAUAUAAUGUCUUUUUCAAUGACCUUCCCGGGAACGACUUCAACAACAUCUUCAAGUCCCUUGACAACUUCAAAGGGAAAUUACAUGAUGAAAUGGAAUCUAGGAUUGGUCCAUGCUAUUUCUUUGGAGUUCCAGGUUCUUUCCAUGGGAGGAUUUUUCCUAGUCGAAGUUUGCAUUUUGUUCAUUCCUCUUACAGCCUUCAAUGGCUAUCUAAGGUUCCUGAGGGUAUAAACAACAAUAAGGGCAACAUUUACAUUGGCAGCACAAGCCCCUCAAACGUUUACAAGGCUUACUACAAGCAAUUUCAAAGUGAUUUCUCUUAUUUUCUCAAGUGUCGAGCAAAUGAACUAGUGGAAGGAGGACACAUGGUUCUAACAUUUGCGGGAAGAAGAAGCAACGAUCCACAGAGCAAGGAGUGUUGCUUCAUUUGGGAGCUUAUGGCUACGGCUCUUAAUGAUAUGGUCUCGCAGGGAAUCAUAAAGGAAGAGCAAGUGGAUACUUUCAACAUUCCUCAAUAUAAUCCAUCCUUGUCUGAAGUAAAAUUAGAAGUUAUAAAUGAAGGUUCAUUUGUCAUCAAUCGCAUGGAGGUGUCUGAUGUGAAUUGGAGCACUUUAGGGAACCAGAAUAAUGAUUUUUAUUUUGAAUCUAAAAUAUCUAAGCAACUCAGUGAGGGUGGAUACAAUGUUGCACGGUGCAUGAGGGCUGUGGCUGAACCAUUGUUGGUUAGCCACUUUGGUGAUGCUAUCAUUGAAGAAGUUUUUACUCGUUACAAAGAAAUCUUGGCUAAUCGGAUGUCGAAGGAAAAUAGUUUCAUCAACGUUACUAUUUUAUUGACUAGAAAAGCAUGAGAAAGAAGCUUGAAUCUACUAUUUAUCUUUGAGUAAUCUCAAAAAUAAUUUCCUUUUGUUUACUUUAUUUACCUAGCUGCUAAUUAGCUAGGGAGUAUCAUGUUGUAUAAUUGUUUGUGAUUGAAGUUAAGGAAAGAAACCUAGGAGUAUCAUGUUGUACCUGGACUAGUAAUUGUUUGUGAUUUAAGUCAUCUAUUAAUAAAAAUAUACUAAAUAUUUCAAAAUUA